GAAUCUCCUAGAUAUUUAUAGACCUUUUCGAGUCCUUUCCACCCCGUCUCCUCCUCACCGCAAACCCCUCCCCACCUCUUCCGCAUACGCCACCGAGUUACCGAGUUUCACAAGCUAAAGAAAGUAAGACCUCGAGCGGAUAACCAUCACCCACCUUUAUUUAUCAUCAGCGGCGGCGGCGGCGGCGUGGGCCAAGAAGAAGAGCAGAAGAGAAUGAUGGGAACGAUGGGAAGGAGAAGAGAUGCCGAAGCUGAGCUCAACCUGCCACCGGGUUUCCGAUUCCACCCCACCGACGAGGAGCUCGUCGUUCAUUACCUCUGCCGCAAGAUCGCCUGCCAGUGCCUUCCCGUUCCGAUCAUCGCCGAGGUCGAUCUCUACAAGUACAACCCUUGGGACCUCCCAGAGAAGGCGUUGUUCGGACAGAAGGAAUGGUAUUUCUUCACCCCACGCGAUCGGAAAUACCCGAACGGUUCCAGGCCGAACAGGGCCGCCGGAAGGGGAUACUGGAAGGCGACAGGGGCCGAUAAGCCGGUCACGCCGCUGGGGAGCGGCCGGCCCCUGGGGAUAAAGAAGGCUCUGGUGUUCUACCAUGGAAAGGCGCCGAAAGGAAUCAAGACUGAUUGGAUCAUGCAUGAAUACCGGCUCGCCGACACCAAUCGAUCUGCCAACAAGAAGAAUGGUCUCAGAUUGGAUGAUUGGGUACUUUGCCGCUUGUACAACAAGAAGAACACCUGGGGGAAGAUGCAGCGGCCGAAGGAGGAGGAGGGAUCUUCUGGAGAGAUGACGGACUCGAUGGAGGCUCAUGACGACACGGCAUCGGACAGCUUCAGGACUCCAGAAUCCGACAUCGAGAAUGAGGUGUUCCCGGACUUUGACAGCCUGGGCCAGUUUGGAGCUCUGCCAUAUCAAGCUUCUGAAGGAGUUCGAGCGAUGAUAACCGCCACAGCUGGUGGCUUACAUACAACUGAGCGACAGAAGGAGGAUAGCGAUUGGUUUACUGACUUGAAUCUAGAAGAUCUGCAGAGCUCCGUGGCAGCAUUUGGAGCGACGCCGGCUAUCGAUAUGUCGAACCAAGAUUACUACUUCUCGGCGAUCGGUUCUCCGUAUCUGAAGCCGAGCCAAACCGACAUGCCGCCCUUCUGAAGUUAGACAGAAACCAUUGUAUAUAGAUCAGGCCACUCUCAGGGAAAAAGAGGAUGAAUACUUUAGCAAGUUUAUCAAUUAUCAGGAUUGUGGUGUAGGAUUUGUUUGUUUUUCUUUUGUUUUCCCUCGCCUUUUUAAAUGGUUGUCAUUGGUUUGGAAAGGGGAAAAAACUGGUGUAUGUAUAUGAAAACGUGACUUUAGUUGUGGAAGUAAAUCUUGAUUUAGUUUAUAGAAAGAUUUUCAAGA